AUGGUGGUUCCCGGACGGAGAACCGUCUGGGACGGCGUGAUUGAGCUGACGAAGAAGGCUGAAGCUAAUUGCGUCGAUGCUCGUCUCUGGUCUUCUCAGUUAUCGGCCAGCUUGAUAUCCGUCGUGGAUUUCCCGUCGACGGAGCUCGCGGAGGUUCUCGUCUCGUACAUUUGUUGGGAUAAUAACGUCCCUAUUCUAUGGAAGUUCCUUGAAAGAGCUAUGGCGUUAAAACUCGUUUCUCCUCUCGUUGUUCUCGCUCUGCUCGCUGACAGAGUUGUUCCAAACCGGUCAACGCAACUAGCGGCUUAUAGAAUUUACCUGGAGCUUCUCAAGAGAAAUAUUUUCAGGAUCAAAGAUCAUAUUAGCGGACCUCACUACGAGAACGUCAUGAAUUCAGUAGCCAACAUUCUUCGUCUUUCAGAGUUAUUUGGUGUGGAAACAAGCAAGCCUGGUGUACUUCUAGUAGAGUUUGUCUUUAAGAUGGUGUCACAACUGGUAGAUGCAACUUUAAGUGAUGAAGGUUUACUAGAGCUAAGCCAAGACCCGAGUUCUCAGUGGCUAAACAAGUCUCACGAAAUGGAAAUUGAUGAUGCUCCUGAGAUAUAUAAUGGAAAGAUCGGAUCUCACGAGAAGUUACAGACUUUAAAUACCCUCAUGGCUAUCGACAUCAUUGUGGAAUUCCUCAGAAAUACAGUGAUCUCCAGAUUGCUGUACUUGGUAUCCUCCAACAGGGCUUCGAAUUGGCAAGAAUUUGUACGGAAAGUACAGGUGCUUGGAGAAAAGUCAUCAGCCUUAAGAAAAUCAAAGGUUCUAAAUUCUGGGGAUCUAUUGCAGUUGAUUUCGACUAGACGGUUUGGGUAUUCUUGUGACAGCAAAGUAACUCCAUUACGGAUAUCCAAUGCAAUUGUGGAUUUUGGAUCUCUUGCUUCCUAUGCUGGCUUAUGCCAUGGAGCAAGUCUCUCUUCACUCUGGCUUCCUCUUGAUUUGGUAUUUGAAGAUGCUAUGGAUGGAUAUCAAGUAAACCCAACUAGUGCAAUUGAAAUCAUUACCGGUCUAGCUAAAACACUUAAGGAAAUUAAUGGGAGCACUUGGCAUGACACCUUCUUGGCUCUUUGGAUAGCAGCUCUCCGACUUGUUCAAAGGGAAAGGGAUCCUAUUGAGGGACCUAUUCCUCGACUGGACACAAGGCUGUGCAUGUCAUUAUGUAUUGUCCCACUUGUGGUCGCGAACAUCAUUGAAGAGAGGGAGUAUGCAUCUGUCAUGGAAAAGCCGCGAGAAGAUCUUAUUACAAGUUUGAAGGUCCUUGGUGAAUUCCCUGGGUUGCUGUUUCCUCCCCAGUGCGUUGUUUCUGCUGCCAACAAGGCUGCCACAAAGGCAAUCAUGUUUUUGUCUGGUGGAAAUGUUGGGAAGUCAUGUUCUGAUGUCAUAAACAUGAAGGACAUGCCUACCAAUUGCUCUGGAAACAUGCGCCACCUGAUAGUUGAGGCUUGUAUUGCGAGAAACGUACUGGAUACGUCGGCCUAUUCGUGGCCUGGCUAUGUUAAUGGCCUAAUCAGCCAAUUACCUCAUAGUCUGCCAAGUGAAUUACCUUGCUGGUCGUCAUUUGUUAAAGGGGCGCCACUAAAUGCUGCAAUGGUGAAUGCAUUAGUUUCAGUUCCUGCUUCAAGCUUAGCAGAGCUCGAGAAAGUAUAUGAGGUCGCAGUCAAAGGAUCAGAUGAUGAGAAGAUAUCUGCUGCUACGGUGCUUUGUGGGGCAUCCCUGACACGGGGCUGGAACAUACAGGAACACGUUGUUGAGUUUCUUACAAGAUUACUAUCCCCGCCCAUUCCAGCAGAUUAUUCCGGCGCUGAAAGUCAUUUGAUUGGUUAUGGCUGCAUACUGAAUGUUAUUAUUGUUGGGAUAGGAUCUGUUGACAGCAUUCAGAUUUUCUCUUUACAUGGCAUGGUUCCGCAACUUGCUUGCUCACUAAUGCCAAUCUGUGAAGAGUUUGGAUCUUACACCCCAAGUGUAUCGUGGACUCUUCCUUCCGGAGAAGAAAUCUCAGCAUACUCUGUUUUUUCAAACGCUUUCACUCUUCUUUUAAAGCUUUGGAGAUUCAAUCAUCCUCCUAUAGAGCAUGGUGUAGGAGAUGUGCCAACAGUUGGCUCCCAACUCACUCCUGAACAUCUUCUUCUAGUGCGCAAUUCUCAUCUCGUUUCCUCGGAGACCCUUAAUAGAGACCGGAACAGAAAGAGACUUUCAGAAGUUGCAAGGUCAGCAAAUUGCCAACCUGUGUUUGUUGACUCGUUCCCUAAGCUGAAAAUCUGGUAUAGGCAGCACCAGAGAUGCAUAGCUUCCACAUUAUCUGGACUUACACAUGGAUCUCCCGUUCACCAGACAGUUGAAGCACUUCUCAACAUGAUGUUCAGAAAAGUCAGAGGCAGUCAGACUUUAAAUCCAGUUAAUUCGGGGACAAGCAGUUCCUCGGGUGCUGCAAGCGAAGAUAACGUUCCGAGACCUGAGCUUCCCGCUUGGGAUAUCCUCAAAGCUGUUCCAUAUGUUGUAGAUGCUGCUUUAACAGCUUGUUCUCAUGGAAGGCUCUCUCCUCGCGAGUUAGCAACAGGUCUGAAAGAGUUAGCAGAUUUUCUUCCCGCAUCAUUAGCACCGAUAGUAAGCUACUUCUCGUCUGAGGUGAGUAGAGGUGUUUGGAAGCCAGUAUUCAUGAACGGCAUGGAUUGGCCAAGCCCGGCUGCAAAUUUAUCCAAAGUUGAGGAAUACAUUGAGAAAAUUCUCGCAACAACAGGCGUUGAUAUCCCUAGCCUUGCUCCAGCAGGAGGGAGUUCUCCGGCGGCAACGCUUCCAUUACCUUUAGCCGCGUUUGUAAGUCUAACCAUUACAUACAAAAUCGACAAAGGCUCAGAGCGGUUUCUCAACCUUGCUGGUCAAGCUCUGGAGUGCUUGGCUGCAGGCUGCCCUUGGCCAUGCAUGCCCAUUGUAGCUUCGUUAUGGACACAAAAGGCGAAACGUUGGUUCGACUUCCUUGUUUUCUCUGCGUCUCGCACCGUCUUUCUCCACAACCCAGACGCUGUUGUCCAGCUUCUAAGAAACUGCUUCAGCGCCACGCUCGGACUGAACGCUGGCCCCAUGUCCAACGACGGUGGCGUUGGCGCUCUUCUCGGCCAUGGGUUUGGCUCUCAUUUCUACGGCGGGAUCUCCCCUGUAGCACCGGGGAUUCUCUAUCUCCGCAUGUAUCGCGCUCUCAGAGAUACCGUCUCUGUAACGGAAGUGAUAUUCUCUCUCCUUAUACAUUCUGUGGAGGACAUAGCGCAGAACAAGCUCUCAAAGGAGAAUCUGAAAAGGCUUAAGACGGUGAAGAACGGAUCAAGAUACGGCCAGAGCUCACUAGCUACUGCAAUGACUCAAGUCAAGCUUGCAGCUACGCUUAGCGCCUCAUUGGUUUGGCUAACCGGUGGUUUAGGUGUGGUCCACUUACUCAUCAAAGAAACCAUCCCGUCUUGGUUUCUGUCCGUUGACAAGUCAGACCAAGAACAAGCACCAACGGAUCUAGUCGCUGAGCUAAGAGGUCACGCUCUUGCCUACUUUGUGGUCCUAUGUGGUGCGUUCGCUUGGGGCGUGGACUCGAGAUCGAAACGCCGGCAAGGGAUCUUGGGAAGCCAUUUGGAGUUCCUUGCGAGUGUCUUGGACGGGAAAAUAACAGUGGGAUGCGAGAGAGCGACGUGGCAGACUUAUGUUUCGGGUCUGGUGAGUCUUUUGGUGAGCUGUUUGCCUCUUUGGGUUACAGAGAUCGAUACGAAAGUGUUGAAGAGUCUUAGUAAUGGACUGAGACGGUCGGGGAAAGAGGAGCUUGCGAUUUUGUUGCUUUCCAUGGGAGGCUUCGAAACAAUGGAUCAUGCAGUUGAUUUCAUCAUUCAUUUGCGUUCCUAA